UAUCGGCAGUUUAACAAACCAACUACUAAACAACCCGCAAUAUAAAAAUGAAAUUCAUCAUUGUUUUCGCUACCAUCCUGGCUGCCGCUUUGGCUGCUCCUCAACAUUACGAACAUCACGAUCAUCACGAUUACGAUCAUGCCGAGAUUCUUCGUUACGAAUCUGAUGUCCGUCCUGAUGGUUACAAAUUCGGUUUCGAAACCUCCGAUGGUACUCAACACGAUGCCGAAGGACAUUUGAAGGAAGGACAUGAUAAGGAACACGCUGCCCUCGUCGUGCACGGCAGCUUCUCCUUCGUCGACAAAGAGGGCCACAAAUAUCAAGUUAACUAUGUUGCCGAUGAAUACGGCUACCAACCAGAGGGAUCUCAUUUACCUCAUGCUUAA